ACCAAAUGACAAUAUUAUAAAAACACGUGUGGUUAGGCAUGUUUACAAAUGUUUUUGGUUUGGUGUACUAAAAAUGAAGAUUAAAGUGUUAAGCCGUGAUCCCAAUCAAUAUAUAAGGGAAACCAAAUCCGAAACUCAUAAACUUAAGAGAAACUUUGACCCAAAGUUGCACCAGUUUGAAGCAGCCAGAGAAUAUGUACGUGCUUUAAAUGCAACGAAAUUAGACAAGGUAUUUGCUAAACCUUUCAUUGGUAACCUCGAUGGACACAGAGACUCCAUAUCUUGCAUAAGCAAGCACCCAACAAGUCUAUCUUUACUCCUCAGUGGUGCUUAUAAUGGAGAGCUCAGAGUAUGGGAUAUUCCUCAGAAGAAAUGCAUCAGGGAGAUUCAAGCACACGAUGGUGUCCUCCGUGGUAUUAGCUACACAAAUGAUGGCCAACAUUUCUUUUCCAUUGGUGAUGACAAAAAUAUUAAGAUGUGGAGCUCUCAAGCCCCAUUAAGACCAGAAGAUGAAGAACCAGCAAACACUAUAUUAAGUAAAAGCAUUAUCAGUGGAAUUUCCCAUCAUUUCACUGAAGACAAAUUUGCCACAUGCGGUGAGGUUUGUCAAUUAUGGGAAGAGUCUAGGAAUUCGUCUAUAAAAACUUAUGAGUGGGGUGUCGAUACCCUUCAUGAUGUAGCUUUUAAUCCUGUACAGAGCAACUUGUUGGGUGCUUGUGCCGCAGACAGAAGUAUUAUUCUGUAUGAUAUUAGGGAAACUAAGCCUUUGAGAAAGUUAGUGAUGGCUUUGAAAUCGAAUAAGAUUUGUUGGAAUCCUAUGGAAGCUUUCAACUUCACAGUAGCCAGUGAGGAUUUUAACCUGUAUACCUUUGACACAAGGAAUUUGAAAUGCCCAGUGACCAUGCAUGUAGAUCACGUAUCAGCUGUGAUGUCCUUGGACUAUGCGCCAACAGGAAAGGAAUUUGUCACAGGAAGCUACGACAAAACAAUUAGGAUAUUUGAAGUAGACAAAGUGCAUUCGAGAGAGGUGUACCAUACCAAGAGAAUGCAGAGGUUGACUUCAGUCCAAUGGACUUUGGAUAACAAAUACAUUCUGUCAGCUUCUGAUGAGAUGAAUAUUAGGAUCUGGAAGGCAAGGGCUUCUGAGAAAUUGGGACCGUUGAAACAGCGCGAGAAAGCUGCUUUGAAUUACUCGGAGGCUUUAAAGGAUAAGUACGCGGCUCAUCCGAAGAUCAAGAAGAUCGCUCAAAGAAGGCACGUUCCGAAACACGUCUAUAAUGCACAGAUGGAGAUGAAGACAAUUAGGAAGGCGCAUCGCAGGAAGGAUGCUAACAGGAAACUGCAUUCUAAGCCUGGAUCCACGAAAACCAAGCCAGAAAUAUUGAAGAAGAUUGUGAGGGAGGACGCAUAAUAAAUUAUGUUAUUUGUUUCUGAAUUGUUCUCUUCUA